AAACAAAAAAAUUAAUUAAAUAAUGGACAUGUGUACAAUGACUCACAUUUCCACAUCUAAAAUUACAAAACAAAAACAAAUGACAGAAAUGCAUUUAAAAGGGAAGUCUAUUGUGCAAUUGCAACUGUAUUGAAAACGUUGUUGUAGUCUGUGUUUUGACAAUCAACCUAAAAAAAUAUAUAUAUUCGUAGAGGUACCAAAUAUCACAGUCAAGAUGAAGCACAGAAGCAAAAGUGUUCACACACACACAAAAUGUCUUGUAAAAUUACAUUUUAUUCAUUUGGUAGCACUAGCAAUCUUAUAUAAAAAAAAAUUCCCAUAUCUCACAUUUACAUAAGCCUUUUGUUCGAUGUUAAUUGCUUGCCUUAAUUAACCCUGAAUAAUGAUUGGCUGUGAAUGUGCAUAAAGUCGCAUUAAGAGCGCGAUGCUCAGACACGCUUUAUGCCCAGCGGCAGAGUGCGGAUCCCACAGGCACCCUGAAGUGGACGAUACAGGGAUUAGAAGGGCGCAGGGAACCGCAAAGACGCCAACACAGUUACCUCUAGUGCACUCGUCUGCUCCCUUUUACUCAAUUACAGCCACAAUUACUGAAUAAAGAACAUUGAGCUCAUAAAAAUGCAUAGAAAGCAAACAGAACUCUACCUUAACGCCAAGAACUGGACCGAGAUAAGUUUGUUUUUUAAUUCACUCAUCUAAAAAUAUCGAUACGGUAUCUUGCUCUUGUAACACUCCUUCUCUUUCUCUCACACGCUCUCGUACCGAAGCCCACCUCUCAGUUGCCCUCCCCCAAAGAGUGUCAUCAUGACACGUAGCUUUGAAAUACUCUUGACAGGCACAGAAUUGCUCAUACUGGUGCUAAGCAUUGAAGAAGCCAGACUAUUGACAAGGAAAUGUGUCAUUUUAUUGCUUUGCUCAUCUCACGUUAACAAAUGGAGGGAUGGCAGCUGGACAUCCUUGCACUGGUGUGACUGAGGCACAGAGAGGGAGUGAAAUCACCAACCUUGCCAGGGGAAAGAUGGAAAGGAUUACUAUAAAUGGGACAUCUUGAUCUUUUUUGAGGUGGUCUGCAUCAGAUUUCAGUGAGGUGACCCGCAGAUCAACUGUUUCACAUUCAGCAUCACUCUCUCAAUGCACUUGAAAAACGCUGGAUGUGUGCUCGCUUCAUCGAGACCACAGGAAGCGCACACAGUCCUAUUCAACUCUCCGAUGAUGAGUGGCUCACCUAUCCCUCGAGUAGAGGCAGCAUCAGGUGUGAAUGCCUGGAAUGUUCACAGGAGCUUCAAUGACAGCGGUAUUAUCGGUGAUGGUUGGAGCAUUAGUGGCAGCGGUCCCUGGCUUCUCGCAGUCAUGCUGUCCCUUAUAAUUCUGGUGACAGCUUGUGGGAACAUUUUGUUGAUUGCCUUGGUGUUUGCACAUCGGUCGCUGCGCUGCACCUCCAAUUGCUUCCUAGUGUCCCUCUUCCUGUCAGACUUGAUGGUGGCUUUGGUCGUGAUGCCCCCUGCUAUGCUCAAUGUGCUGUGUGGGACCUGGGUGCUGGCGCCUGGAUUCUGCCCCGUCUGGCUUUGCUUCGACGUGAUGUGCUGUAGUGCCUCCAUUCUCAACUUGUGUGUCAUCAGUCUGGACCGCUACCUCUUCAUCAUCUCUCCGCUGCGAUACAAACAACACAUGACCCCGCCUCGUGCCUUGCUUCUGGUGGGUGGGGCUUGGGGGUUGGCAGCCCUCACUUCCUUUCUGCCAAUCAAGAUGGACUGGCACAGCCUGGGUCGCAUGCAAGACCUUUCCGAGAAUGAUCUCGCCAACACCACAGUCUCGCAAUUGAGUUUCUUCUACCCCUCUUCGUACUUCCAGCUUACCACGUCAGGGACGCCGUCCAUGCAGUGCCGCCUGCGGGUGACUCUCCCCUUUGCCCUCGUUGCGACCUUUCUCACCUUCUUCUUGCCUUCUACAGCCAUUUGUUUUACCUACUGCCGGAUCCUGUUGGCGGCCAGAAGACAGGCACGACAGGUGGAGGCUCUUACUCAUCCUCCUUACCCACCUCCUUCUCCCAGUCAUGCCAUCCAGGAUGGAGAUGACUACAGCCAUCAGGAGCCACCCGUGUUGCGGCAAGCUCUGUUGUCGGUGAACAGUGAGCGCAGACUGGCACACAGGCAAAGAAAGAGAGCUCUGAAAGCCAGUCUUACCCUGGGAGUGCUCCUGGGUCUCUUCUUCAGUGCCUGGCUUCCCUUUUUUAUCACCAACAUGGCACAGGCGGUGUGUGAGUGUGUACCACCUUCCUUCUUCGAUGCCAUCACCUGGCUGGGCUACUGUAACAGCACCAUGAACCCAAUUAUAUACCCAAUGUUCAUGAGGGAUUUCAAGAGGGCUUUGGCACGGCUUCUACCCUGCUGUUCUUCAUCUCAAGCCCCUCGUAGGCCAUCGCUGCCGCUUUCCCUUUCUCUACGCAACUCAGGGGAGCCACAACUACCCACUGAACCCCCCUCCCUUGUGUCUGAACCGCCACAACUACCGGCGACGGCAACAGAUGCUGUUAACCUUCUCGAUGCGGAACAUGCUGGGAUUGACCUGCCUCUGCUGCUGCCCAACCAGGUCGAUACAUUAGACGAUUGAUACGCCAACUGAGACAACAAAAGAAGUGCAAUAUACUGUGGACAGCAAGAUAUGUGACUUAUAACUAUAGGUUUAUGAA